AUGGCCUCGCCCAUCCUCCGCCGCACCCUCCCCCGAGCAACCAUGUCGUCCUCCCCACAGCAACGCCUGCAAGCCGUCCAGCGACACUUUACCUCCUCGACCCGCCGCCCGAAAGAAAUCCAAGACGCGUAUAUCGUCUCCGCCGUACGGACGCCCUGUGCGAUUUUCAAUGGAUCCUUUAGCAGCGUCUCCGCGCCGGAGCUCGGCGCCACCGCGAUCAAAGAGGCGAUUAAACGGUCGGAUGUGCCGCAGGACAAGAUCUCGCAUGUGUAUAUGGGAAAUGUGAUGCAGGCGUCUGUGGGGCAGGCACCGGCGCGACAGGCGUCGAUUUUCGCGGGGUUGUCGCCUUCGGUGGAGGCGACGACGAUUAAUAAGGUGUGUGCGUCUGGGAUGAAGGCUGUGGCUAUUGCUGCACAGCAGAUUGAGCUGGGGCAGGAGGAGGCGUUGGUGGCGGGUGGGAUGGAGAAUAUGAGCCGGGUGCCGUAUUAUACGCCGCGAGGGCCGCAGUUGCCGGGGUUUGGCAAUGUGACGAUGGAGGAUGGGUUGCUCAAGGAUGGACUUUGGGAUGUGUACAAUCAGAUUCAUAUGGGGAACUGUGCGGAGAAUACGGCGAAGAAAUAUGAGGUUAGCAGGGAGGAUCAGGAUGAAUAUGCGAUUCAGAGCUUCAAGCGGGCGCAAGAGGCGUGGAAGAAUAAGUUGUUUGAUGAUGAGAUUGUUCCUGUCACGAUCAAGGGCAAGAAGGGCGAGACUGUUGUUGCUGAGGACGAGGGAUACGGCCGGUUGAAGCUGGACAAGGUCGCGACUCUCAAGCCAGCGUUUGACCGCAGUGGGAAGGGCACGGUGACUGCGGCCAACAGCUCCAGCAUGAACGACGGUGCCAGCGCACUCAUACUCACAAACAAGGAGCUGGCCAAGCAGUACGGUGGUGGAAAGCGUGUGCUUGCGAGGAUAGUCGCAUAUGCAGACGCUGCGGUGGAUCCCAUUGAUUUCCCUGUCGCGCCGGCAAAGGUUGUUCCCAUUGUCUUGGAGCGAGCAGGUAUCACGAAGGAGCAGGUCAAGGUUUGGGAGUUCAACGAGGCGUUUGCUGCUGUCAUCAAAGCCAAUGCAAAGAUUCUCGGCCUUGGUAACGACAACGUGAACCCUCGUGGUGGUGCCAUCUCACUUGGUCAUGCUCUCGGUAGCUCGGGUGCUAGGAUUCUCGUGACGCUUCUUCACCAGCUCAAGAAGGGCGAAUAUGGGUGCGCGGCUAUCUGUAACGGCGGUGGUGCGGCCAGCGGCAUGGUCGUGCAAAUGGUCGAUGCGGAUGAGCUGUAG